AUGGCAAAAUUUUGGCGCAGCCAUCGAAUUACAAUAUGUCUUCUCUUAUGUCUGCUUUUACUUGGUGGAGACUCUUUGGAUAUUUCUUCAAAUACAGGUGAUAAAGAUCAACCAAUUCUAUCUGUAGACGCAUUUUUUGAUAAACUGGAUACCAUAAACGAUCUUAACCAGUUGGUAAAAAUUCUGGGUACUUGCGAAAGGUUGCAACAGUUGAAAUUUGUGCGGGAACAAUUAAACCUUCGAUCGGACCAGCAGCAGUUAGUCGAUCAGGAACACCAAGAGCUUAUAAUAAAACUGUACCGACAACUGUUUGGUUUAAGUAGCUCUUACAAUCUCAAAAAAGACCUAACCGCGUCGAAAACUAUCAAUUCGCUCUUACAAAAAUUCACACCUGACGAACUUCUCGAUCAAUUUCAGAACCAUUUACCAUCACCAAAUGACAUAAUUGCUCCACGAAGAUCGAGUUACCGCGAACGUCUGGCUGGAUUUGCCACUUUUACAAAUAUCAUUUGGGCCAUUUCCAUAUUCUUGCUCGUAUCUUCCAUAGCUUCAUUAUUCAUCGCACUUAACCUUUUUGCAUUAAUACAAAAAAUUAUACUCUGGGUCCCAAUCGCUUUCUGGGAGUUUUUGGCACACACAACCUGUUUUUCGAUAAUUUAUUAUGCAGGAAGUUACGACAUUAAUACCUCACACCGAAAUUAUAUCACGUUAACCGGUUGUCUCCUGUGGUAUCCAGCAUGGUUGUGGUUUUUCUCGCGCCGAGAAUCAAUCUUACGUCAAAAUUCACCAGAAAAUUACACGAUAAAAGUCCUCAUUGUAAUAUAUGUCAUUGUCGCAAUACAAUAUCAAAGUCAUGUGAUAGGCACGUUAGCGGUCUAUGUUAUGUUAGCCUCACUUGGGUUCUCAGGACAUGUAUACAGAACGGUGGCAUACAUCGGAUUCGAUUCAACGAAUGCGCUGAUUCGCUGUAAAUUUUUUACCAGUGUACUUCUCCUGGUAUACUCGGUACCUAUCUACAUACUCAACAUCGACAUCUCCAAUACAAAAUGGUUAGCGCCUUUCGAGACAGGCGUAUUUUUUUGGUGUACGUUUGCGUACCAUACCGCGUUAUUGAUAGAUAGCGUUAGGUACACUGGAUGGAAUCUCCUUUUGGAGAUUUUUUCGUUUGCGUUUACGUUAUGGUAUGGUACCGUGUAUAACGUACAGCAAAUGAAAAGUAUUGGCGGGGCAUUUUUGGUCUUUUGGUUCUUUGCUCAAAUGGGUAGAAUUGAUUGGAAAAAUGUUAGAAUAAUUUCCGUCAUAUUAUUACUUAGUGUUGUGCUAUGGCAACUUUGUUAUGUGAUUCAAUCAUACCCCGAUUUCUUUUCUAAUCUAUUUUCGCAAAAAUAA